CCGGGGCCUCUCCCCGUGACCUUAGAAGCAGCACUUCCGGGAGCGCGGAAGUCACUCGUCGCUCCGCCUUGUCCCAGCCUCUUUUUCCGGUGGCGGAGUCUGGAGACGACGCGCGGACAUGGCGCCUCGCAAGGGGAAGGAAAAGAAGGAAGAGCAGGUCAUCAGCCUUGGACCUCAGGUGGCUGAAGGAGAGAAUGUCUUUGGUGUCUGCCACAUUUUUGCAUCCUUCAAUGACACUUUUGUCCAUGUCACUGAUCUCUCUGGCAAGGAAACCAUCUGCCGUGUGACUGGUGGAAUGAAGGUAAAGGCUGACCGAGAUGAAUCCUCACCAUACGCCGCUAUGUUGGCUGCCCAGGAUGUGGCCCAGAGGUGCAAGGAGCUGGGCAUCACUGCCCUACACAUCAAACUCCGUGCCACAGGAGGCAAUCGGACCAAGACCCCUGGACCUGGGGCCCAGUCUGCCCUCAGAGCCCUUGCCCGUUCAGGAAUGAAGAUCGGAAGGAUUGAGGAUGUCACCCCAAUUCCCUCUGACAGCACCCGCAGAAAGGGGGGUCGCCGUGGUCGCCGUCUGUGAACAAGACUCAUCAGAGUAUUUUCUGUUAAUAAAUUGCCUUCGUGUA